GUUAAAUAUUAUUUUAAUUUAUGAUAUAAAAAUAAACUUUUAAAAUUAUAAUAUAUUAUUUUGAAACUUAAAAAUCCAGUCUCCUAAACUAAAACUCCUGUCUCUGCCACUGUUAGGAACCAUAUUUUGCUCGGAACCCAACAAAAAGAUCUUUCCACCAAAAAAACAAAAAGAUCUGUAUUUUAUCAUUUCCAGGAACUCCUCUCCCUUAGCUUCUUCAUUACUAAGAGUUACUUGAUUCCUUCCAUCUGGGUUCUUAAACAAGGGUGGAGCCUAGAGAUUUUACCUUUGGGGGGGGAGAGCAGAAUGCAAGACCAAAAGUUAAAAACAACAAUGAAAUCAAAUUGCGCAACUUCUGAAGGUGAUGAUAAUAGACCCAAUUUCUCUCGAGCUCAGGAGCCUUACCUCUUCCUCUCCUCUCAAACAAGAUGGCUUUCCUCUUUCAGCGGAGGAGCUUUGGCCGCCGAUUCGGUGCACUCGUGUGGCCGUGAUCAAGCGCGCCUCGUCGAGACGCUGUCUUCACCGUCUGUGCUUUCCGUUACGGCACGAUGCUGGGGGAAGAGGCGUCUGUGUCGUGACCAACUUAUUGAUGAUCGAAGAGGCCUUCACGGUCUCAGAUGCCUCAUUCUACCGGAAGUGCCUUAUUGUCUGAGUGGUGACAUGGCCAUUUUGGACGGAGUGUUCCUGAUAAUAUUUCUGAGAUGUAGGAUGCCUGAACAUGAUCAACAAGCAGAGUGUAGCUGCUGCAGAGCUUCGUUCUUGGAUCUUGCGAAAUCUGAAACACCUGUUUGUCCUUGGAUACGAGCCAUGACUCUGGCAGCAAGGGUUGGGAAGGGUCUGUUGGAGGACAAUACGGCUCAACACUUAUAUGAUAGACAAUGGGUUGAAAAGAUUGAUCACCCACGCCAUCGUUAUGGCCACAAUCUGCUGUUAUAUCAUGACAUCUGGUCUCAAAGUAACAGCCCUCAACCCUUCUUCUUUUGGUUGGAUCACGGGGAUGGCAAUGAAGUGAAUCUUGAGGACUGCCCUAGGACCAAACUACAACAAGAAUGCGUUAAAUAUCUUGGACCUAAAGAGAGGAGCGACUAUGAAGUUGUGAUCAAGAAAGGGAAGUUUGUCUACAAAAAGGGUGGGGAGCCUUUGACAAGCACAGAAGGAUCUAAAUUGAUAUUCGUUUUAAGUACAUCAAGGAAACUCUACGUUGGGGAAAAGAAGAAGGGAUUCUUCCACCACUCUAGCUUCCUUGCUGGAGCUGCCACCAUUGCUUCUGGUAGGCUCGCUCUUCGUGCUGGGAUCCUCCAGGUAAAUAUAAGGUAGUGUAAUACGUGCACACUUGAGAAAAUCUCACACUAUAUUUUUUUUUUUUUAAAUAUGCAUGCUUAAUAUAAUAUAUAUAUAUAUAUAUAUAUUCUCAUUUACCGAAGAGGCAAGAAGCAGUUGUAUGUGCACAAACUUUAUUAGAUAUUGUAACAGAGGGUUUUAUAUUUUUGCAGUAAAUGGUAUGUAAUGGA